GAAGAACAUCCGUGUCGUCCAAGAAUGCAAACCUGCCUUGGUUUCCCAAAGAUGGAACUCUGCAUCAUUUUAGAACCACGCUACUUGAAAGCAGUGUUGCCGAGAUGGAUGAUAUUAUUUAUUUAGGGAUUCUUUAUCCGCAGGAGACUUUUUUGUAAAUAUGAAUUGCCUGGUUCUUUCCUUGGGUGGUGGCUUCCUGUUUCAUGCCAUUGAAACAUUACUCUUAGCUUAUUACGUCACCUUAUCGUUGGUUAGCUCACAGGGACAUUUCCCCAAGCUAGAAAAUGUGGGAGCUUUCAAGAAUGUGUCUGUUGUGCCAACUCAAGCAACGUGUGGAUUGCCAGACCGAAGUACUUUUUGUCAGAGUUCUAUUGCUGUUGAAAGUAUUCAGUUCUGUACCCAGAGGUUUUGUAUUCAGGAGUGUCCAUAUAGAUCUUCACCUGCCUCCUACACUGCACUUUUCUCAACAGGCCUUGGCACUUGUAUCUCAGAAGACAAGAAUGAUUUGCAUCCAGGCUCCUCCAUCAACUCUCAAAGUUUUAUUUUUCGUAAUCACAAGGAUUGUUUUUCUAUUCCCCGUUCUCAGAGGCUCGCAGCAUCAUUUACAUUAACUGUGUGGCUGAAACCUGAGCAAGAAGGUGUAAUGUGUGUGAUGGAAAAGGCCGUUGAUGGGCAGACUGUGUUCAAACUCACAGUCUCCGAAAAAGAGACCAUGUUUUACUAUCACACAGUAAAUGGUUUGCAGCCGCCAAUAAAAGUAAUGACACUGGGGAGAAUUCUUGUGAGGAAAUGGAUUCAUCUUAGCGUGCAGGUUCAUCACACCAAAAUCAGUUUCUUUGUAGAUGGUUUGGAGGAUGACAACACUGCUUUUGAUUCAAGAAUACUUGAUGGACCAAUUGCAGACCUUGCUGCUGACGGAGCACUGCAAAUUGGGCAAAGUUUCAGUGGUUUAGAGCAAUUUGUUGGAAGAAUGCAAGAUUUUCGAUUGUACCAAGUGGCACUUACAAACAGAGACAUUUUGGAGGUAUUCUCUGGGGAAUUUCCUCACCUGCACACCCAGUCAGAAUGCCGCUGCCCAGGCAGUCACCCCCGGGUACACCCGUUGGUGCAGAGAUAUUGCAUCCCUAAUAGUGCAGAUGACACAACUAAUGACAGAGUGCUGAGGCUGAACCCAGAAGCCCAUUCCCUGUGUUAUAUCAACGAUAAUGAUAUUGGAACUUCCUGGAUUUCAUCUCUGUUCAUUAGCACGGCACAUCUGGACCGUGGCGUUACUAUCACAAUAGAUUUACAAAAUGGACAGUAUCAGGUGUUCUAUAUUAUCCUUCAGUUCUAUAGUCCACAGCCGGAAGCAAUGAGAAUUCAAAGGAAAAAGAAAAAUGAUUUAAACUGGGAAGAUUGGCAGUAUUUUGCUAGAAAUUGCAGUAUUUUUGGAAUGGAUAACAAUGGCUCUCUAGAAAAUCCAGACUCUGUCAACUGUCUCCAACUUCCUAGGUUUACUCCAUACUCCCGUGGAAACAUUACUUUCAGUAUUCUUACACCUGAACCGAAUCGUCGGCCUGGUUACAAUGACUUCUACAAUACUCCAUCUCUCCAAGAGUUUGUAAAAGCCUCACAAGUGAGGAUUCAUCUUCUUGGCCAGUAUCAUACAACUGAGCCUUGGGUCAACUUCAGGCACAGAUACUACGGAGUUGAUGAAAUUACAAUCAGUGGAAGGUGUAAUUGUCAUGGCCAUGCUGAUCAUUGUGACACAAGUACUAAGCCAUAUAGAUGCCUCUGCUCCAAGGACAGCUACACACAAGGAGAUAAUUGUGAGUGCUGUUUGCCAUUAUAUCAUGACAAGCCUUUUCGUCCAGGUGACCAAGUCCAAGCUUAUAAUUGUAAACCUUGUCAGUGCUAUGGCCAUGCAGUAAGCUGCCACUAUGACAUGGCAAUGGAUUCUUUUCCUAACGAACAUUAUAGAGGAGGUGGCGGAGUAUGUGAUAACUGUCAACAUAACACCACAGGAAGAAACUGUGAGCUGUGUAAGGAUUUCCAUUACCGGCAAGCAGGUGCAGAUCUUUCAGCUGUCGAUGUUUGUAAAACCUGUGACUGCUACACAGCAGGCACCAAAAAUAAUAGCCUCCUGUGUGAUAAGAUUGGAGGCCAAUGUAAUUGUAAGAGACAUGUGUCUGGCAGACAGUGCAAUCAGUGCCAGGAAGGAUUCUACAAUCUACAACAGUCAGACCCUGAUGGCUGCAGUCCCUGUAACUGUAAUACCUCUGGGACAGUCAAUGGAGAUAUUACCUGUCACCAAAAUUCAGGCCAGUGCAAGUGCAAAGCAAAUGUUAUUGGCCUCAAGUGUGAUCGUUGUAAUUUUGGAUUUAAAAUCAGCAGAAAUUUUAAUGAACAUGGAUGUGGGCCUUGUCUGUGCAAUAUCUAUGGCUCACUGAACCAAUUCUGCAACCCUUUUACUGGGCAGUGCAAUUGUAAAGAAGACACCAAAGGGCUUCAGUGUGACUCCUGCAUGGACAACUUCUUUGGGCUGGAUGCUACUGGCUGUAAGACUUGUGACUGUAAUGUCGCAGGAUCACUUUCAGGAAUGGUUUGCAACUCUACCACAGGGCAAUGUGUAUGUAAACCUAAUACUGGAGGAAGACAAUGCAGUGAAUGCUUAGAUGGGUAUUACAAAGUACAACAAAAUAAUUCCUUAGCCUGUCUGCCAUGUAAUUGUGAUAAUGCUGGUACAGUAAAUGGCUCUCUGUUGUGUGACAAAUCAACAGGACAGUGUCCUUGCAAAGCCGGUGUAACUGGGCUUCAGUGCAAUCAGUGUGUGCCUCAUAUGUAUAAUCUUACCAUUAGCAACCUUCUCGGCUGCCAGAUUUGUGACUGUGACUCCUUGGGGACAUUAGCAGGAACAGUUUGCGACCAGAUUAGUGGACAAUGUGUGUGCCUGCCUAAUCGUCAAGGAAGAAGGUGUAAUCAGUGUGAAUCAGGUUAUUACAUAUCUCCAUUCCGUGCUUCUGGCUGCUUGCCUUGUUUAUGCCACAUAACUGGUUCAGUGAAUCAGGUCUGUAAUAGUCUAACUGGCCAAUGUGUUUGCCAAGAUGCUUCCGUAACUGGACAGAGAUGUGACCGCUGCAGAGAACUUUAUUUUGGAUUUGAUUCUGAUUCAGGGAGAUGUCAGCAUUGUAAUUGUCAUCCUUCAGGAGUCAUUAAUGGGACUUGUCAUCCUGUUACUGGACAAUGUGUUUGUAAACAAUUUGUAACUGGCUUGAAAUGUGACAACUGUGUUCCCAAUGCUAGUAAUUUGGACGUCCACAACCUAUUUGGCUGCAGUAAAACUCCAUCCCAGCAACCUCCACCCAGAGGAGAAAUUCUAAAUUCUUCUGUUAUCUAUCUUUCAUGGAACCCACCUGAUUCUCCAAAUUCCAACUGGCUUACUUAUGGACUAUAUAGAGAUGAGACUGAAAUUUAUACAACGGAAGACCACUAUCCUUAUAGUACUCAGAGCUUCAAUGACACCACUUUGUUCCCUUAUACCUUCUAUUCCUAUUACCUCAAGGUCAGCAAUGUUCAUGGUUCUACAAGGAGUGCAGCAGUGAUGUACAGAACAAAAUCAGGGACACCUAAAGGAAACCUACAUUUAAAUAUAAUUUUUCCUGUUGGCCCACACACCAUUUCCUUUAACUGGACAACCCCAUCAAACGAUUCUGGGCCUAUAGAAAAAUACGUUUUGACGUGUACUUAUUCAGUUGAUCUUCAGCCUUGUGGCCAAUAUGAAGGUUUAGAAACCUCUACAAUUAUUCAGAAUCUGGUUCCGUUUACAAAGUACAUUUUUGGUGUUCAAGCAUGUACCAGUGGAGGCUGUUUGCAGAGCCUGCCAUUGACAAUAAUUACUGCACAGGCCCCUCCGGAGGGACAACGUUUUCCUGAGAUACAAAACAUCAGCGCUACAGAGCUCACUCUAAAAUGGUCUCCACCUACAAAACCAAAUGGUAUAAUCAUAAGGUAUGAAAUCUAUAUGAGAGCAGCAUUACGAUCAGAUGGAAGUCGUAUUCCUCCUGAAAGUCGCAUCUUCCAAAGCAGUGGAUGGCUCAGUCCUCAGCCAAUUAUGGAGUCUGCUAAUGAAAACGCAUUAAUGCCACCUCAGACCAGCACCACAAUUACUGAUCUUGAGCCAUUCACAGAGUAUGAGUUUUGUGUUUUAGCCGUAAACAUGGCUGGUAGCAUAUUUUCAGACUGGAUAUCAGGAAGAACUGGAGAAGGAGCUCCUGUAUUCAUGCCAUCUCCAUCAGUAUUCCCUCUUUCACCGUAUUCUCUCAAUGUAUCUUGGGAAAAGCCACAAGAUAAUGUAGCAAGAGGAGAAGUGAUGGGAUACAGCAUCAAUGUAAUUACCACACAAAACAUGUUGCCAGUAUUUUCCCAGGUUGUGUAUAUAGCUGAAGCUCAUGAGCUGUCCUAUAUAGUGACAGGAUUAAAACCCUACACAAUGUACAACUUCACUAUUACUCUCUGCAAUCGAAUUGAAUGUGUAACCAGUGAGCCAAGCACGGGACAAACCUUAGCAGCUGCUCCAAGAAAACUUGCUGCCCCUCUUCUUGAAGGAGUAAACAGCACAGUGUUAAAGAUAAAUUGGAAUGAACCUGAAGAACUUAAUGGGCCUUCUCCCAUCUACCAGCUGGAAAGAAUGGAUUCAUCUUUAGCUAUAACGAGGGUGGAAGUAAUGAAAGGAAUCCGUUUCCCAGGAAAUGGUUAUUACAAAUUCCCCAGUUCUACUCUCCCUGCCAAUACCGACUUUACAGGUAUUAAAGUGAGCUUUAGAACCAGGGAACCUGAUGGUCUGAUUCUUUUCUCUGUGUCACCUGGGAAUCAAGAGGAAUACAUUGCACUUCAGUUACAGAGUGGACGCCCUUACUUUCUUUUUGAUCCACAGGGAUCUGCAGUGGCAGUUACUCCAAUAAAUGAUGGCGGAAGACAAUACAAUGAUAACGUUUGGCACCAUAUAAUUGCGACAAGAAAUCAGGCUUUGGGAAAAAUCACUGUGGAUAGUCAGUACACAGGUUCGUCCUCAGCUACAAGUGGCAGUACUAUUAUUGGGGAAAACACAGGUGUUUUUGUUGGAGGACUUCCACAGGAUUAUACUAUCCUAAGAAAGGACAUGAGGAUGAAGACAAUAAUCCAGAAAGCUUUUGUGGGGUGUCUCAGUGAUGUGUUUUUGAAAAAAACACACAAUCCCUAUGAAAAUUGGGAACCUUUAGAAUGGCAGGAUGCUGAAGAGCAAAACAACGUCUAUCACAGUUGGGAAGGGUGUCCCACUGUCCUUAUGGAAGGAGCACAUUUUCUUGGCAAAGGGUUCCUGGAACUUCAUUCAGAUAUUUUUCAUGGUGGACUCGACUUUGAGAUCUCCUUUAAGUUUAGAACAGACCAACUGAAUGGAUUACUUCUGUUUGUUUACAACAAAGAAGGGCCAGAUUACCUUGCAGCUGAACUGAAGAGUGGAAUUCUGAGCUUCCUGUUAAAAACUGGCACUGUUUUUACACAAGUGGCUCUCUGGGCGGGGCUGUCCUAUUGUGAUGGAAACUGGAAGAGAGUAGCUGUGAAGAAGGAAGGCUCAAGAGUUUCUGCAAGUAUGAAUGAAUUGACAGAGCAUGUUUUGGAACCUCGUGCUCAGCAACUGAAAGUAAACUCUCCAGUCUAUGUAGGGGGAAUCCCCUCUGAGCUACAGAAUUUCUAUAAAGAACUAGGAUUAGAACAAGGUUUCGGUGGUUGCAUGAAGGAUGUUGAAUUUACACGAGGUGCUGUCGUUAACUUGGCAUCUGUGUCCAGCGGUGCUGUCAGAGUCAAUCUGGACGGAUGCCUAUCAACUGACAGUGCUGUUAACUGCAGGGGAAAUGACUCCAUCCUAGUCUACCGAGGCAAAGAGCAGAGUGUUUAUGAGAGUGGUCUACAGCCAUUUACAGAAUACCUGUAUAGAGUGGUUGCCUCAAAUGAAGGAGGAUCAGUGUCUAGUGUCUGGAGUCAUGGUCGGACAAGAGAAUCAGUCCCAGAAAAUGUGCCAACUCCCUCAAGAAUUCACAGCAUAAAUGGUUACAGCAUUGAGGUGACUUGGGACAAACCUGCUGGGGUCAUAGGUGUAAUUGAGAAGUACAUUUUGAAAGCAUACAAUGAGGAUGGUCCCAGUGUACCCAUCAUCAGUGCUGAGUUUACUGACACUACUAUGCUCACAGGCAUGUUGACAGGCUUGCAACCCUUCGCAAACUAUGGUGUAACCCUAACUGCUUGCACUUUGGCUGGCUGUACUGAGAGCUCACAUGCAUUGAACAUCUCCACUCCACAAGAAGCCCCUGAAGACGUACAACCACCUACAGCUAUAUCCUUUCCCACUUCUUUACUACUGAGUUGGAGUCCUCCAAAGAGACCAAAUGGUAUUAUAACACAGUAUGCUUUAUACAUGGAUGCUGUAUCAAUCUACACUGGAAAUGGAACUAAAUACAUUGUCAAAGAUUUAGCAGUUUUUACGCCACACCAGUUCUUGCUCACUGCAUGCACGCUUGUUGGCUGUACAAACAGUUCCCAGGUCACCUUGUGUACAGCACAGCUGCCACCAGCUCACGUAGAUGCCCCAGUCCUGACUGCUUUGGAUUCCAGAACGAUAUAUGUACAAUGGAAAGAACCAGUAGAAGUAAAUGGAAUUCUGAACUGCUAUAUAUUGUAUAUGGCCAAUAGUGAGCAAAAUUUUACAAAUUGGAACAUAAUCUAUAACAACACAGAGGUUUUUCUGGAUUACACUAUCCAGCAGCUUUUCCCGGGUACUGAAUACCACAUAAAGCUAGCGGCGUGUACUGGAGGUGGAUGUACAAUAAGUGAAGCUAGCGUAGCUAUAACAGAUGAGAGUACACCAGAAGGUGUUCCUGCUCCAAAAGCCCAGUCAUAUUCAUCUGACUCCUUUAACAUCUCAUGGACUAAGCCUGAGUAUCCGAAUGGUAUUAUUACUAGUUACGGAUUGCAUAUGAAUGGCAUUCUGAUGCAGAACUCAUCACAGCUAAGUUAUUAUGCUUAUGGACUUGCUCCUUGGAGUCUGCAUUCCUUCAGAGUCCAGGCAUGUACUGCAAAAGGUUGUGCUUUGGGUCCAUUGGUUGAAGCUCGUACAACUGAAGCUAGACCUGAAGGUACACUUGAAGUAUUUGCCACUAUUGAUGGAUCCAGAGGUGUACAAGUAAAAUGGCUAGCUCCAAAUAAACCUAAUGGACAGUUAACCUAUGCAGUCCUCGUCAUUGGUCUCUUCUAUGCCAAUCAAGCUAAUGCUAAUUACACUAUUGUAAAUGGCACAAAGAUCUUACACAGCAGCAAAGAAUCCAACAUAUGGGUGCCCAUUAAAGGACUGAUUCCAUUUGCUAACUACACUAUACAAGUUAAUGCUUCCAAUAGCCAAGGCAGCAUGAUAAGUGAUCCCAUAACACUAGCCAUGCCUCCAGGGGCUCCAGAUGGCAUGCUGCCUCCAAGGCUUUCAUCUGCCACGCCGACCAGUCUUCAGGUUGUCUGGUCUACACCAGUUCGCAAUAACGCUCCAGGCUUACCCAGUUAUCGACUCCAGAUGAGGCCUAGGAAUUCCACUGAUGAUAUUCUAGAGUUAUUUUCCAGUCCCUCUGCUUCCUUAAGCUAUAUAGUCAAAGAUCUUCAGCCAUAUACAGUGUACGAGAUGAGAAUGAUAGUCUCCAAUGGUUAUGGUAAUACAUAUAGUGACUGGACUCCGAUGAUUACAGCAGAGGACAAGCCUGGUCCUAUAGACCCACCACUACUUUUGAAUUUGAAAUCUAGGGAAACAGUCAUCAUUUGGCAGCAUCCAUCAAAGCCAAAUGGCAACAUCAUUCGUUACAACAUUUACCAAAAUGGCCAACUGCAUGAGACAGUGCCAGGAACCCAGUCUAAUUGCACCAUACAUCAUUUGCGUCCUUAUACUGCCUAUCAGUUUCAAGUAGAAGGCUGCACCUCUAAAGGAUGCUCCCUUUCACCCAAGGCCGCAGCUAUACAGACUCUCCCAGAUGCACCUGAAGAUAUCCCUGCUCCAGAGCUGUAUUCAGACACGCCAACAUCUGUGCUUAUAUCAUGGCAACCCCCGGUUCACCCAAAUGGUUUGGUGGAAAACUUUACAAUAGAAAGGAGGGCUAAAGGAACAGAACAAGUGUCCACUGUCAUGACUCUACCUCAUAAUCAUGCCAUGAGCUAUGUUGACCAGAGUGCUGCUCUUAGCCCGUGGAAGAAGUUUGAGUACAGAAUACUGGUGAGCACCCUUAAUGGAGGCACUAACAGCAGCGCUUGGUCAGAAGUUACCACCAGACCAUCAAGACCUGCUGGUGUUCAGCCACCUGAUGUGGAGGUGUUGGGACCAGAUUUGGUUAAGGUCUCUUGGAAACCUCCUCUCAUACCGAAUGGAGAAAUGCUUAGCUAUGAGAUCCGCAUGCCUGAUCCUCGAAUUACCAUCACCAGCAACAUUUCAUCAAUGCAAAACCAUGUGGUGACGAACCUGAUCCCUUUCACAAAUUACUCAGUCAUUAUACUAGCUUGUUCUGGAGGCAACGGCUUCCUGGGAGGCUGCACAGAGAGUUUACCUACACAUGUGACUACCCAGCCAACAGUUCCUCAGGGCAUUAACCCCUUGUCUGUGACUCCAAUAAGUGAAUCAUUUAUUGCUAUUUCCUGGCAACUGCCCUCUAGGCCCAAUGGACCACACUUGAGAUAUGAGCUCCUGAGACGUAAAAUCCGGCAACCACUUGCAUCAAAUCCCCCUGAAGAUUUAAAUCUGUGGCACAAUAUUUACUCAGGAACUCAGUGGUUUUAUGAAGAUAAGGGUCUUAGCAGGUACACAACAUACGAGUAUAAACUCAUAGUACACAAUGAGGUAGGAUAUACAUCAAGUGAGGAAGUGAUUGCUACUACAUUAGCAGGAUUUCCGGAGAAGGGGAGUAGCCUCACUGUGCGAACUCUUAAUCAUACGGCAAUAGAAGUGGAAUGGUCAAAACCAAAACUGCAAGAUUUGCAAGGAGAUGUUGAAUAUUAUAUCCUCUUCUGGAACUCCACUACGUAUAACAAUUCUCAGAGCAUCCAGGCCAAUGUAAACUAUGCUGUCAUUGGCGACUUGCAUCCCAGCACAGAGUAUCAGGUUUUUGUUCAAGUUUUCAAUGGCGUCCACAGCAUCAACAGUGAAGUGGUACACGUGACUACUUCAGAUGGAGAGCCUGAGGGCAUGUUCCCUCCAGAGGUUGUCAUCAUCAACAGUACAGCUGUACGUGUCAUCUGGACAUCGCCUUCAAACCCAAAUGGUGUUGUCACAGAGUAUUCUAUCUAUGUAAAUAAUAAGCAGUACAAGACUGGAAUGAACGAACCUGGGUCCUUUCUUUUAGGAGACUUGUCUCCAUUCACUAUAUACAAUAUACAGGUUGAAGUCUGCACAGCGUACGCUUGUGUGAAAAGCAAUAAAACCCAAAUUACAACUGUGGAAGAUGAGCCAAAUGAGCUGUCAGCACCCAUAAUACACGUUCUCAGUCCAAGAUCUCUGCAAAUUGACUGGGCAUCACCAGGACAACCAAAUGGCAUUAUUCUUGGAUAUGAUCUCUUACGUAAAGCCUGGCGGAGGUGUACUGCAGCCCAGCAGCUACCAAUGAACCAAAGCAAUAGACCAUGCCUAUCACUGGAAUGUAAGAUACAUGAAAACAUCUGUGGAGACCUGUGCUAUCAUCCAGAGUCUAAGGUGUGUUGUAAUGGGAUUCUGCACAACAAUAAACCUGGCUUCCAGUGCUGUGAGGACAAGUACAUUCCAUUUAUUCUUAAUUCAUUGGGGGUUUGCUGUGGUGGUCAGAUACAUGCUGUGCAACCAAAGUAUCAGUGCUGUGGUGGCUAUUACACCAAGGUAUUAGCAGGAGAAGUGUGCUGCCCUAAUGAAGAACAAAACAGGGUUUCGGUUGGAGUUGGUGACUCUUGCUGCCAGGGUACUCCUUAUUCCACAUCAGGGAAUCAGAUCUGCUGUGGUGGAUCACUCCAUGAUGGCUUCAGUCAUCAGUGCUGUGGUGGGCAAUUAGUAAGCAAAGACCUGAUCUGCUGCGGUGAUGGAGACAAGGGAACUGCAUACAGACCUCUCCCAGGGAUGUUCUGUUGUGGGCAGGAAUAUGGGAAUAUGUCAGACAUCAUAUGUUGUUCAGCUUCCAGUGGGGAGUCUAAAGCACAUGCUAAAAAGAAUGACCCAGUGCCAGGAAAAUGCUGUGAGACUGAACUUAUUCCGAAGAGCGAGGAAUGCUGUAAUGGAGUUGGAUAUAAUCCUUUGAAAUAUGUUUGCUCUGACAAGAUUUCAGCUGGAAUGAUGAUGAAGGUAAAAGAAGAAUGCAAAGCUAGCACCGUGUGCCCUGUAUCCAUGAAAGCAACAGCAUAUUGUGGAAGAUGUGACUUUAACCCAAGUGUCCACAUCUGUGCUUGGGUUAAAGGCUCUCAGAAUGCUACAGGAAAGGAGGCAAAUGACAGUGUGUGUCCAACUGCAGAAGAGACUGUCUACAGUGGAGGCCCCAAUAGAUAUUCAUUUACAGACCUGAAUCUAGAGCCCUAUGUUACAUAUGAGUACAGGGUAGCUGCAUGGAACAGCUAUGGAAGAGGUUUCAGCGAAAUUGGCAGGGCUAGCACUAAGCAAGACGUGCCUCAGGGUGUAAGAGCACCGAAAUGGACCAAAGCAGAAAAUCGCGAAGACAUAAUAUUUCUGAAUUGGAAAGAACCUCUUCAACCAAAUGGUCUUAUCAUUCACUAUAUUGUUCUCCGAAAUGGGAUUGAGCGUUUUAGAGGAAGAGAACUGAGCUUCACAGACACAGGUGGUAUCCAGCCAUACCAAGAAUAUUCAUAUCAGCUGAGAGCCUGUACUGUUGCUGGUUGCACAGACAGUAGCAAGGUAGUUGCAGUCACUGUCCAAGGAGUCCCAGAGAGCGUUCAGCCACCAGUCGUCACAGCUUUGAGCUCAACAGCAUUGCAUUUGAGCUGGAUAGCACCCAGGAAACCAAAUGGCAUCAUCAGAGAGUAUCAGAUCAGUCAAAGUGGGAAAGGGCUUAUAUACACAGACACCACAGGCAGAAUGCAGCAUACUGUAUCAGGUCUCCAGCCAUACACUAACUACAGCUUCACACUUACAGCCUGCACAUCUGCUGGAUGUAGCUCUAGCCAGCCAUUUGCAGGUCGAACCUUGCAAGCUGCUCCUCAGGGAGUAUGGUCGAAGCCUCGUCAUAUCACAGUCAGCUCGACACGAGUGGAAUUCUAUUGGGGUGAACCAGAAAAACCCAAUGGACUCGUUUCUCAAUAUCGAUUGCUUCGUAAUGGAGAAGAGAUUUUCCAGGGUGGCAGCGGAAAUCUGAAUUUCACUGAUGAUGGCCUGCAGCCCAACAGUAGAUAUGUUUACCAGCUGGAAUCCAGCACUGGGGAUGGCAGCAGUACUAGUGACAAAUACGUUAUACAAACACCAGUAGAAACACCAGAGGAAAUCCAUGUUCCAUAUAAUGUCACAGUAAUGGAUGCAUAUUCCAUAUUUGUGGCUUGGGACACUCCAGGGAUAUUCAACACCAAUAUGCCUUUGGAAUAUAAUGUCUUACUAAAUGCUGGCAGUACCUCGCCAUUGGUAAAACCAGUAGGUCGUCCUCAUUUUGUCCUUGUAGAUGGUCUGGAUCCAUACACACAGUAUGAGAUAAGGAUACAAGCUUGCCAGAAUGCAUGCAGGGAUAAAAUGGUUUUAUUUAAUGUGAAGGCAAAGGUUUCAGUUAAAAGUAAGGAAAAUACCAAAAUCUGUGUGAGACGUCCUGUAAACACUCAAGAGGAGCUGCUUUUAUUCAUUUGGUCUGAAGGAGCCUUGGAAUUUAUUGAUGCUUCUGAUGCACUGCAGCCAUUCACUAUCUAUGAAUACCGUGUCAGAGCUCAAAAUUCCAGGGGGUCAGUGGAUAGUCUGUGGUCUUCAGCACAAACUUUGGAAGCUCCACCUUGGGGCAUGCAAGCCCCUUGGGCACAAGCUACAAGUGCAUAUUCUGUGCUGCUCAACUGGACCCAACCUAUAUCUCCCAAUGGGGUUAUUUCUCAGUAUCGUGUGGUCUAUCAAGAGAAACGAAGUGAUCCAACAUUUAGCAUCCUAGCUAUUACAGCAUUAACUGUAACGGGAACAAAGCAUCAGGCUCACUUGUUUGGACUGAAACCUUUUACCACGUAUCACAUUAACAUUGUGGCUGUAAACAACGCUGGCCAAGUUUCGAGUCCCUGGACUUCUGUGACCACGCUAGAAGCUUCACCUAGCGGUCUGAGCAACUUCACUGUAGAGAAGAAAGAGAAUGGCAGGGCAUUGUUAAUUAAAUGGUCAGAGCCUUCCAAACCCAAUGGAGUAAUUAAGACGUACAAUAUUUUAAAUGACGAUAAUCUGGAAUAUAGUGGUUUAUCUCGUCAGUUCCUGUUUAGACGCUUGGAGCCUUUCACACUGUACACUCUAGUACUUGAGGCUUGCACUGUGGCAGGUUGCACUCGCUCUUCACCACAGCCAGUCCAAACAGAUGAAGCACCCCCUGCGUCUCAGCUGGCACCUGUAAUCCAGUCAGUUAAUGCUACCAACAUUGAACUGAGCUGGUCUGAACCAAUUAAUCCAAAUGGAAAAAUAAUUCACUAUGAAGUUAUUCACAGAUGCACAAAAGAAAAUGCUUCAGGGAACAGAGCAACAACAGUAGAGGAGAAAAUUGUUUUCACAGAAUAUAACACUGAAAAUAAUACAUUUAAAUAUAAUGAUAAAGAUUUACAGCCAUGGACAAGGUAUGAAUAUAAAAUACGUGCAUGGAAUUCAGUGGGCUAUACUGAUAGCUCUUGGUCAGUGGCGAAGACUAGUCAAGCUGCCCCUAAAGGUCUUGCUACACCUAGGUUAACCUAUGUAUCCGCUAACCCCCAUAAAGUGCUCAUUUCAUGGCUCUCCCCAGAAGAACCAAAUGGUGUUCUUCAAUCAUAUAGGCUACAAAAAAAUGAGGUGUUCUAUCCUUUCAGCUUUGAUGCUACUACUUUCAACUAUAUGGAUGAAGACUUACAGCCUUAUUCAGUGUACAAUUAUGCAAUAGUUGCUUGUACAGUGGGAGGCUGCUCUACCAGUGAACCAGCCAAAAUCCAAACUCUAGAGGCAGCUCCAGCAUUAGUGAACCCUCCAUCUCUGCAGGCUAUCAGUGCCACUCAGAUUAAUGCAUCUUGGUCACCACCCCAGAUUCAAAAUGGAGAAAUCACGAAGUACAUAUUAAAAUUAAGUGAUGAAGAGUAUUAUGUUGGGAGAGGUUUAUCAAGACUGAUUUCAAACCUACAGCCUUGCACACAGUAUGAUUUCACGCUGGCUGCCUGUACUAAUGGAGGCUGCACAUCUAGCAUAUCCCAAUCUGUUUUGACAAUGGAGGCUCCACCACUAAAUAUGGAAGCCCCCAGGUUGCUAGUCACAGGAUCAGAGUCAAUAGAAAUCACCUGGAAAACCCCAGUGAAUCCUAAUGGUAAAAUCAGAAGUUAUGACCUGAGGAGGGAUGGAGCUCUUAUUUAUUCGGGUCUGGAAACUCGGUACCUUGACUUCACACUAACACCAGGCGUGGAAUACAGCUAUGAUGUAAUUGCAAAUAAUAGUCAAGGAAGCACCACUAGCCCACCAGCUAAAAUUAGAACCCACCCUUCUGCUCCAUCUGGAAUGUUAGCUCCUCGACUGCAGGCAUGGGCCCCAAAGGAGAUUUUGGUGGCCUGGGAUCCUCCUGCAAAAGUCAGUGGUGAUAUAAAAAAUUAUACGAUCUCUAUUCGUGAGCCUGCUGAAAUGGGAAAGAAAACUGUUUACUUUGACACCUCUCACAUUUCUUUUGUUAGACAGUCCUACGUUGCAGCAGACCUAAAACCCUACCAUAGAUAUGAAGUACAAGUUCAAGCAUGCACAUUGCAGGGAUGCGCUACUAGUGAAUGGGCAUCCAUACAGACUCUGGAAGCACCCCCUGAAAUGCAGCCUUCCCCUCUCAUAGAGAUGCAGACAAGCUCUGAUGGAUUCCAGUCAGUCGCAUCUAUUCUGUGGACUGGUCCACAGCAGCCAAAUGGGAAGAUUUUAUAUUAUGAGCUUUACCGAAGACAAGCAACUCAUACCCACAUAAAUUUAGACCUGGUGCUUGUCUAUAAUGGGACUUUAACAUCCUUCAAAGAUGCCAAGUUGCUGCCUUAUACAGAAUAUGAAUAUCAGGUCUGGUCAGUAAACUCCGCGGGCCGGACUCCUAGCAGCUGGGCACGCUGUAGAACAGGCCCGGCCCCUCCUGAAGGCCUCCACGCACCCAUGUUCCACACUGUGGCUUCCACAUUAGCUGUGGUAAACAUCAGCCCCCCUCUUAAGCCAAACGGGAUAGUUAGUCUUUACAGGCUGUUCUCAAACAGCACCAGAGGGACCGAUGUGGUGUUGUCUGAAGGGACUGCCACCCAGCAAACAAUACAUGGACUUAAACCUUUCACCACCUACUCUGUUGGUGUAGAGGCCUGCACAUGUUUCAACUGUUGCACCAAAGGACCAGUCGCCCAACUAACCACUCAACCAGCACCACCCUCUCAACAGCCCCCUCCACAUAUACAUACCAUAACCUCAAGAACAGCUUUUUUCCAAUGGAAUGAACCUCGGUCACCGAAUGGCAUUGUGGAAAGCUAUGAACUCCACAUGUACACUGCUUGCCCUCCACAUUUACAAAUACAGGCAAAGACCUGUAACCCUGGACCAAUUGAAGUGAAGUAUACAGGUAAAGAUCAGAAUUCCAAUGUGAGUGAUCUUCAGCCUUACACAGUCUACAACAUGAGAGUGGUGUCUUACAAUUCUGUAGGCAGCAGUGCUUCCGAAUGGACCAGCUUUACUACCAAGAAGGAGUUACCUCAGUACAAAGCUCCAUUUUCUGUUGUCAGCAAUUUAUCCAUGAUCUACCUAGACUGGAGUCACACUUUCCUACUGAACGGACAGCUGAAGGAGUACGUGUUAACUGAGGGAGCCCAGCGUGUCUAUAGUGGCUUUGACACCAUGCUGUAUUUACCAAGGACAUCUGACAAAACCUUUUUCUUUCAAGUAACCUGUACCACUGAUGAAGGGAGCGCCAUCACACCAGUGAUCAAAUACAGCACUGCUACUGGACUUGGUCCUAUAUUAACAACGCCUGGAAAAAAGGAUGAAGCAGAGACUAAAUAUGCAAAAUUUUAUACUGAACUGUGGUUUGUGAUAUUAAUGGCAGUUCUAGGUUUGAUCCUCUUGGCUAUUUUUCUAUCCUUGAUUCUACGAAGAAAAAUAAAAAAACAACCAUAUGCAAGAGAAAGACCUCCCUUAGUUCCACUCCAAAAGCGGACAUCACCAAUGACUGUAUAUUCACCAGGAGACACACACAUGGGACUAUCAGAUACAAAAAUUCCAGGACCCAGCUCUCCUUUGAGUAAUCGUAGCAACCGAAGUACUUCCGUUCUACAGAUACCAAGUCAAAGCCAGAUGAGUCGUACCUACUCCCAAGGUUCUUUACAUCGCAGUGUCAGUCAACUUAUCGAUGUCUAUGACAAGAAGUCCCUAAUAGAAGAUUCUGUGUGGGAUACCAUUAUACAUGGUCAUGAUAGUGGUUCGUAUGUGGAUGACGAAGACCUUGUGAAUGCCAUCAAAGGCUUCAGUACAGUAACUAAAGAACAUACAACCUUCACUGACACCCAGUUGUGAUACCUAUUUGGAGUAAGUACCACAGCCAACCCCAAGCAGCUGAAGGAGCACAAAAUCUUUGUUUUGUUCAAUUUAACAUGUAGAAAUUAA